CUAUAUCGAGGGCGCGUGGCAAAUGAUGAUUGCAGAAAUGGCACAGUACACUUUCUUGGCCUAAAAGACAGUGUAAGUCCAUACUGCUAAAGUGAAGAGAGGAUAACACAACAAAUUCCUAAUUCCCAGAAAUCAUUCAUUCAUUCAAUUCCAAACCAUUUCAGAGUUGAAGUUGUCAGUCAGAGAUGAUUGUUUGUGGAGUGCAUUUGCAGUCUCAGCAGUCUGCCAUUCUUGCCUUCACUGAAUUCCCUGCUAAGCUCUGGAGGGGUGGAAGAAGAUCUGUUGAUCUAAGGAUGAAUGGAAGACCAGAGCUUUCUUUUAUUCCCAAAGAACCCAUCUUGAAAACCCUACCUCAAGCUGCUGCUUCCUCCUCUGCAGGUGCUAAUUCUGAACAGGUGCUUGGAGCAAGAGAAAAACAGAAAAGGCAGAUAGCUGGAAUAGACCAGGAUGAACUGCAGGAACCAGCAGUUCUGGCUGACCCUGAUAGUUGUUUCUGUGAAUUUAAGGGAGUACAAAUACACCAUAAGAUAUGCGACCCAGAGCCUCGAAACUUGUCUGGAGGAGAAGGGAGUGGCUCUCAGUCUCGUUAUCCAAGUAAAAGACUGAACUUUCCUAUGAUUUUGUUACAUGGAUUUGGAGCCUCGGUUUUUUCAUGGAACCGGGCUAUGAAGCGACUGGCGAGUAUCAGUGGUUCAAAAGUUCUUGCCUUUGAUAGACCCGCCUUUGGAUUGACCUCAAGACCUAAUCCGGUUGUGAAGUCAUCUCCCGGGAUGGGAGAUGCUCGACCUUUAAACCCUUACUCCAUAACGUUUUCUGUGCUUGCCACCCUACACUUCAUCGACUUCUUAGCAGCAGAGAAGGCAGUUCUAGUGGGACAUUCAGCCGGUUCCCUUGUAGCAGUGGAGGCAUAUUUUGAAGCACCUGAGCGUGUAGCUGCCUUGAUUCUUGUUGCCCCCGCAAUUGUUGCACCAUUUACUCCACCAAAAGUAGCCAAAGAUGACCAAAGAGGAGAUAAAAGUUAUAAAGAAGACGAGAAAUCAGAGCCAGGGAAUAAAAGGAAUGUGUUUACCGGGAUUUUCAGUAUUUUAUCAAAGUUUACCAAAUAUGUUGCAGAAACAAUCGUAGGCAUGGUUAAAGGGAUGGGAGAAACGCUUAAUUCUCUAUAUAGGAAAGCUUUAUCAGCACUCUUGCGCUCCACCAUUGGUGUUAUGCUGGUGAGGAUGAUAAUUGAUAAGUUUGGUGUACUUGCUGUUCGAAAUUCAUGGUACGAUUCAAAGCAAGUAACCGAUCAUAUCUUGCAAGGGUAUACAAAGCCUCUGAGGGUGAAAGGUUGGGAUCGGGCUCUGGUUGAGUUCACAGUGGCAAUGCUUACAGAUUCUGAGUCGGGAUCAAAGCCACCACUUUCAGAAAGACUGAGUGAAAUCUCGUGUCCAGUUUUGAUUAUCACUGGAGAUAGUGACCGCCUUGUCCCUGCUUGGAACUCUGAAAGACUAUCGCGAGCUAUUCCAGGAUCUUGCUUUGAAAUAAUCAAGAAUUCUGGUCACUUGCCUCAUGAAGAGAAGGUUGAAGAAUUUAUAUCCAUUGUGGACAGAUUUCUUCAGAGGGUGUUUGGAGGGGUAGACGAGCCACGCCUACAAGCAGUUACUUAGGAUUGGUAUUUAUUUGUCCAAUCCGUUAUCUAUGAAUUCUUAUGUCAUUACGAUGCAGAAUAGAUGCAACCGAAAUUCAUGGAACAUUGAAAACUCUCUGCAAAAUCUUGAUUGAAAUGAGAUGUAUACAGGGAGUGGUGUUCUUAAUUCAA